AUGUCUCAAACCCAGCCUGCAUAUGUUACGGAGGAGAUAUACCAAUCCCACCGCGCAAGACAGGACACCGACAUCCGCGGAGAGUUCGGACGGCAGGCAUCCCUCAUCGAGAAGGGCAACAGGCAGCUUCGAAAUGAUCUCACUACCACAUUCAGCGACAAAUUGUCGAACGUCAACGGCACUCUAAGCGGCAGAAUCGGGGAAUUGAGCGAUGAAGUACAACUGCUAAAGGAGGAGGUCCACCAGGUGAAGGACAGGCUCGAUCAUAUCGAGGGCGAUGUGGGCGAGGUGAAGUCUAGUCUUCUAGACUUUGGAGUCCGCCUCGAGCGUAUGGAGAAAGUCAGGAUGAAUGGGACGAAGUCUCGUCUUUACGACAAGAUUGAAAUGUUUGGAAAGAUUGUUCCUGGUGUAGGCUACCAAAUGCCCCGAUAUGUCCCUAAGAAUGCGGGCGAGUUCUGGAAGCUGAAACGCGACGUGAAUGCAGCCAGUAUCCGCCGGCUGAUCUACCUGGUUGAAUUCUACAACAUUGACGACUACCAACAUUGGCACAGGACCCAGUUCGAGGAUGGUAUGACAAGUGAUCCUGAUGAUAUGCAAUCGGAUGACGAGCAGUCGAGUUCGGACUCGGCGUCAUCUGAUUUAUCUCUCGAAGAAGCAGUCCAAAGAUAUCCUACCCAAGCGGUCGAAAAGGUUGCCACAGUGCUUGGCUUGGUUGAAGAAAACUUCGAACGUGCUCUAAAGUAUCAACAACUACCUCGAAGAAUCGAGAAGCGACUACAAUCGGGAGGAGACCAACCUAUGGAAGAGGCAAAGCGACAGAGAUUGCCAUUGCGACCCUCCCCUCAAGCUCCAAAACCAACCCUCACUCUUUCUCAACUCAUGCCGGACUCGAAAUCCGAUUCACUUGAAUUCGACGAAACACCACUCGAGUAUGAUGAUUCCUCGUCAGCCGUCAGAGCACGAGCCAAGAUGAUAAGGAAAUUACAAAGUGGACCACAAUCAAGAACCCCUUCUGUAAAGUAUUCAGAUGGUAGUCCAACAGAGCCAAAUGAGUCAUUGAAGUUGGAAGGCUGA